AUGGAAAAAUCAGAGAAGAGGGAACCACAAUCCCAGACUAACGGAUACAAACCACAUCAACCAUCCGAUAUGAUGGUUAUCGGAGUUGUCAACUUUCUUGUGACAAACUAUCAAUACAUAGUUGUUGUAAAGAAGCCAGUUAGAAAUCAAUUAUUCCCAGUGAUCAUUGCUAGAAUCGAAAGACCAGACGGGACAAUAGUAUGGGACGAAAACGACAAGAACACCAACAGAGACAACAUUAUCGACAAAGCUAAGAUAAGGUUUGAAAACGAUAAACCUGGAAUGACAACAAGCGCAAUAAAUACAAGACUAAAAAGAAUUAAGAACGACUUAAAUUUGUCAAUUAUACUGGACAAAUUGAGUGAUGAAUUGGUCGCCCUUCAUUACACAGUUGAAAGAACAAACGGAAAGAGUAAAAAGGAUAGUGGGGACGAGUUCAAAAACCGUUUCAUCAAAUCGAUAAAUAAAGAUAAAAUCAAAAUAUCGGAUUUCAAAAACAGUGGAGAAGAAUUUUGUGUAGAUGUCAUUCCCUUUAUGUAUGGAAAUGGAAAACCAAAACUUUUCUCUGUCGAACCACUAGAAGGGCAUAAAAAGUGCAACCCAUUCAAAGUUCAAAAAUUAGUAAGCUUGGAUUUACUUAAUUCUGCAAAAGAUUCUCAACAAGGAGUAGUUGAAGAACCAUUUACUUCACUUGAGAGCCAAAUUAAUGACUCUCGUACUAACCAUAGUGCAAGUAAAGUGGAUGUAAAAGAAGCACCACAAUCUUUAUUGGGAACAUCACAAGCACAAAAUGUGAUAGAAGAUGAUACCCAAGAUUCCAAUCGUCCUUUUACUUCGUUGCAAGAAGAAUACCCAACUCAACAUCAAGAUAACGUCUUAAACGAACCAGUCUGUGAACUCAAUUUGACGGUUGACCAAAUUGAUCCACUUGUAAAUGGUGCAUCAUUAAUUCCAAAUCAACUUGAUGAAGACUCUGUUCAACAAAUAUUGUUGUAUUAUUGUUCUACAUUUAUAGACCCACUGACAACUCAACUGUUUUAUAUUUACUUCUGUCCUUUGACAAGUCAGUAUCUUUCUCUCUUUGUGGAUCCGGUGACAAAUGGAUUAGUAUUCGCCUCCUUUUUUAAUUGA